GGAGGGGAAGCAGGUUCAGCGACACACGAGUCCAGGGCGCAGCGUCAGCGGCAGAUUCAGCACCAGCGACCGGGCAAAGCGGAGCGGAGCUGUCCACACAUUCAGCACCCCGACGGCCAACGUACAUCGUCCUCCGGCACACCGAGACAGCUUAUUUUAGGAUGGCGUCUAAAUACGUCGGCCUUUUUGUCCUUUUCCAGCUUCUAGUGAGCGAGAUAUCUGCCUUCCCCACACCUACAGCCUCCUCGGAUGAUAAAACUGUGUACAACAGAGAUUUGACAGAAGAAAGGCCACUACAAGACCAGAUUGCCGAGGCGGACAGCGUGAAGGCUGCAGUGCAGUCAGCGGAGAGCAAGCGCCGUGCGGCCUCCAAGGACGCAGAGUCAGAGAAGGACCUCGAUGAUUUGACUGUGCUGAAGUCCCUGGCUGAUGGCCAGAAAUCAAAGGAGACCUCUGAGGGGCCACCCGAGAAGGAGGACCAGUACGUUCCAGACGAAUCAGACUCGACCAAGAGCCGCCGUCUGGCUGAGGACUACGACUCCACGAAGAACGGGAUGGACGACGGCAAGUACCAGGAUGACCCAGAAAGCUUCCGCCAAGUCGACGGCACUCCGCUGACAGCAGAAGACAUUGUCCAGAAGAUCGCCAACAAGAUCUACGAGGAGGACGACAGAGGGGUGUUCGACAGGAUCAUCUUGAAACUGCUCAAACUGGGGCUGAUCACAGACAGUCAGGCGGAUACUUUGGAGUACCAGGUGGCCGAGGCGCUGCAGGAUCUCAUCACCAAAAACGCCAGGAACAACGAGAUCGAGGAUGUUGACAGUAAUGGCCAAGAAACCAAUGGAGAAGAAGAUAAAGGCUCAGACGCUAACAAGGACACCUGGAAGCCGCCCAGACGCAGCUACAACAAGGACGAGGAGGAGGAGGAGGAGGAGGAGGGAAACAACGAUGAGGACGAGGACGAGGUGGACCGGGACGCAGGGGAAGAAGGGGACGACACAGCCUCCCAAACCAGGGACAAAGACACACAGGACGGCAACGAGGUGAGCCCCGAAGACGGGCUCCAGGAUCUGCAGUACUUCCCCAACUUCUACCGUCUGCUCAGAAGCCUCGACUCAGAUCAAGACGCUCAGGAGAGGGAGACAUUGAUCACCAUCAUGAAGACGCUGAUCGACUUUGUGAAGAUGAUGGUGAAGUACGGCACCAUUACCCCGGAGGAGGGCGUGUCCUAUCUGGAGAACCUGGAUGCUAUGAUAGCCAUGCAGACCAGGAACAAGCUGGGCAAAGCUCUCGGGCUUCCUGACUUCACUGGACCCAACGGAAAGAUUUUGGAUGAGGAAGACAACACCAAGGCUGAGGCUGCCAAGAUGCAGAAGGAGUAUGAGAACCUGAAAGACUCAACCAAAGGGGAGCAGCAGCCAACUUCUGAGACCAAUCACCCUGGCAAGUCAGAGACUUAUCUGGAGGCCAUCAGGAAGAACAUCGAGUGGUUGAAGAAGCACAACAAAGACGAGGGCAAAGAGGAUUAUGACCUGUCCAAGCUGAAGGACUUCAUGGACCAGCAGGUUGACGCCUACAUUCAGAAGGGCAUCAUGGCCAAGGACGAGGGUGAAACCAUCAAGAGGAUCUACAGCAGCCUGUAAACCCCCCCCCCCCCCCCUCAAUUCUCCCUCUGGCUUACAACACAGGACUGAAUCUCAAAUUAACAUCUCAAAAAACACCCUGACUACUUACAGUAAUUUCCCAUAGCAUGGUAAAGUAUGUACUGUGUAUUCAAAACUACCUGCUUAGUGGAACUUGUUAACCUUCCCGAAAUGUAUCAAGAGAAGGUUUUUAAUAAGCUAUCAACAUAACAGAAAACUGAUUCUUCGCAGCUACCUAACGGAUUGUAUUUGCACGCCAAAAUCACAGAGUAAUAACCCCUUGAAUAUUAUUGAGAGAGAAGUCAAAGUAUUUUAUGUAACCAUUUCACACGUCCAACUAAACGCUGGCAUGUACUCUAACCAGACUCCUGUGGGAAAUUAAUGUUGAGAGUAGGAUGUCACAGCUUUGUCAUCAACCGUUUCCAAUACAAUUUUUGCAACAAAAUGCAAAUAUAUCAAAGUGUACUCAUUCAGUGUAAAACCUGUUUUAGCCUAUUUUAGCUCCUUUUUCCAGUGUACGUGUAUGGUCCCUACGUAAUCUUGCUUUUUAUUUUACCAAAAAAAUAUUUGUUGUGCAUCAUAUUAAGUGAUCGACAAACUACUAUUAUGUUCUGCUGUACUCCUUCUGGGGGCCCACUAGAGGGCCCCGUUGCACCAUCAAUGUAAUCUGCAUGUCUCCGAGUUCAACAUUUCCAUCUGUCGAGACUCAAGAUAAAUAUUUUUCAAUGUAAAUAUUUGUGAUUUUUUCCUAAGAUAUAAAAGCAAUUAAAACUUU